AUGUGUGGUCAUUUGGUCAAGAAGUUUUCAGCAAGUCAUCCCUCAGCGGCAUCAGUCAAAUUGCCGAGUCUAGGACUUGGUCUCGUCGCCUCUUGUGGAUCAUCUUAUUUGUGUCUUGCAUCUUGGGAUUCUUUUAUCAUGCUACAACAUAUUUCUCUCUCUAUGCUGCGUAUCCCACAACAGUCGACGUUGCGAAGAUCUGUGUACUGCAAGGAAUAUUACUGCCAUGAGCCCAUUCAAGACUACGAUGAUUAUUGGCGGAUGAACAAAAGUGAUCGUGUUCGACUGGGUUACACCAAAGACACCAUGAUCAUAAAAUGCAAAUUGAAUGGGCGAAUGGAAAUGGACGAGGAACAAUGCUACAAGUUGCGAAGAUCUGUGUACUGCAAGGAAUAUUACUGCCAUGAGCCCAUUCAAGACUACGAUGAUUAUUGGCGGAUGAACAAAAGUGAUCGUGUUCGACUGGGUUACACCAAAGACACCAUGAUCAUAAAAUGCAAACUGAAUGGGCGAAUGGAAAUGGACGAGGAACAAUGUUACAAGCACUUUAGACUGUACCACAAUGCUGAGCAUGGAAAUUGUUUUACUUACAAUGCGAAAUGGAAUACACCAGAUCAUAAAGUUCUUUAUGCUUAUGAAUCUGACAUGUGGAAUAAACCAACUGAAUAUCUAGAUGAUCAUAAGACUCCCUCUGUUUUGAUAUACGUCCACGAUCCGAGGUUUUAUCCGGAUUUUGGAUCUGAAGCUGUGAAAGCCAGAGCUGGUCAUUUUUAUAGUGUCGGCAUGAGAAAAACAACUACAGAGUUACUUCCAUUGCCAUAUCAAACAAACUGUACAAAAUAUAGCACUAUGCCUUGGGCCAGAAGAAACAAAGGUGUUCUCACGCCAAAGAUGUGCACCCAAGAAUGCUCCAGGAUGCUUCAGUUAAAAGCCUGCAGAUGCGUCUCUUCCAAUUUGACGCUCGUCUAUGAAGACUCUCCCUGUGAAGGCAAGAAAGCAUUUUGUGCGGAAGACGUUGAAAAGAACACGACUGAUUAUUGCCGUACUUUGUGCAGAGUGCCAUGCGAGAGAAAAAAUUUUGAAUCCUCAGUAGAUUCCACAGUUUGGCCCAGAAAAAAACAGGUUUUUAACGUCCCAUCUUUGCUGAAUAAAAAUUUAACUGAAAUUCGAAAAAAUUUAGUUCGAAUUAAACUGUAUUUGAGAACCAUGGAAAUAACAAUGUAUCAACACCAACCGAAGUAUGAGCUGGUGGAAGUAUUCAGUCAUCUAGGUGGUUACCUCAGCCUCUGGCUGGGAUUUUCAGUGCUGGCUUUCUGUGAACUCUUGGAGAUGCUAUCCAUGGUAUUCUUAAAAGUGACAGACAUGAAAAGUACUAUUCAUCCAGCUCAAAGGAAGCCCUCCAGAAGAUUGAGAGCACCCCGUGAAAGAAUGACUACUUACUAA